CAAAGCUUCUCAUAUUAGCCAUCAAGAUCUUUCAUCACAUUCAUUAUAACACGCAUCGUCGUAGUCGUCGUGAGGCGAACGAAAAUUUGCCGAUUCUACAAAAAGAAAUGAAUAUCAUUUUCUUUUUCUAUUUGAUUUGUAUGCUGAUGAGCUUGAUUUGUGCUAUUCUUUGGUUAAAGAAGAAAUUCAUACCCGAAAGGCUUAUAAUCGUUCUUAUUGGAUAUAUUUUUGGUGCAAUUUCUAUGCUCUCAGUUGGUAUCAUUGAAAUGAAACAAGUCGAACAGUAUAUAGAUCUUCAAGAGAUCACUGACGAACAGCUACUUAAUCAUCCUAUGUUCGUUCAUAAUUUCUGCAUGUGUAUAUUAUCGAUCCUCGUCAUGACUCUUUAUCUUCUACAAGGAUGGAUACUCUUCGAUUUAUGGCAAUGGAUUAGAAAAUUUGGAAGAUUACCGGACAAUGAAUCUAAAUGCAAUUCAUAUUUGAGUAUGAAUAGCGAGAUAAUCGGAAAAAAUACUUCGGUACCUUUUACAACAGAAAGGCCAGGAAAAUUAGAUCCCAUUCCUGAAUUAGGCAAACUUCUUUCUAUAAAAAUAACCGAUAUUAUACCCGUUGAGAAUGAACCUGUUAUUUUUUAUUGCUGUUGCGUUGAUUGUUAUAAUUACAUUAAAGAAAGCCGUCUUAAAAUGCAGCAACUUCCAUGUGGUUGGAUCUGGAUCGGUAUUGCUUGCAACAUGUGGAAAUCCAAUGCGAUAGCUCUUUUGAGAGUUAAAAAGAUAGGUAGAAUAAGAAAAAUCUUGCUUUUAGCCAAAGGGACAGCUAAAACGACAGAUUUAUUCGGAGCCUUGGGCAAAGAUCAUCCUUUUAGAAUACCCACCCUUGGACUUUAG